UCCGGUCCCAGAGUCCCGCUGCGGGUCCCGGGAGGASAGCGAGACAAAGCGGGGAGCGGGGAUGGAGGCAGCCGGAGGAAGCAGCGGGGCCGCGGCUUGGCGGUAGACUUUCAGACUCCAUCUUGGAAAGUUUCUCUCCAACAUUYAACUCGUCCUGCUCGGAGUAUUCCCGCCGCUUCUCGGCAGCUUCUCCCCGCUGCUCCGCCGCUCCCGGUCGGCCGUCUGAGCUCCAAUGAGGCGGGCACGGCCGGUCCUCAAGGAGCCCAGCUGACCGCCCCGACCGCGGACCCGUCGGACGGACCGAGCCGCUCCGGUCAGGGGACCGGGAGCCAUGGAGGGCGGCCAGCGGGCGGAGGCAGGCCGGGGCCGCGCCUCCCCCCGCGGGCUGCUGGUUCUGCUGGGCUGCUGCUGGUUCUGCUGGGCCGAGGAGGGUGAGUCCGGUUCGGUCCACCACGAUCAGGAAUCACCRAUCAGUGACGUAGCGGUUCAAAUCGAACUAUUAUUAAUCUGGAGGUUAAAAAAGUUUGAUCAAAAACUGCUCUCUCAUUGGCCCUCCCCCUCCCCCCAGUGGGAGGAGCUGAGCGGAUUGGACGAGGACUCCAACAGCGUCCGGACCUUCCAGAUCUGCACGCCGUCCAGCCCGGCCUCCUAUUGGCUGCGGACACGUUGGAUCCCGCGCCGCGCCGCCACCACGCUCUACGUGGAGAUCCGGUUCACCAUGAUGGAGUGUGCGGCGAUGAACCAGCGGCACUGCAAGGAGACCUUUAACCUCUACUACUACCAGGCGGACAGCGACGAGGCCACGCCCACCCACCCCGCCUGGAUGGAGAACCCCUACACCAAGGCGGCCGCCGUGGCGGCAGACCACCUGCUGCGGCGCGGCGGCGCCGAGCGGCGCUCCAACCUGAAGCUGCUGCGUCUGGAGGGCCUGCAGGGGGCGGGGCUUUACCUGGCCUUCCAGAGCCAGGGCGCCUGCAUGGCGCUGCUCGCCGUGCGCGUCUUCUUCAGGAAGUGCCCGCCGCUGCGCCGCGCCUUCGCCGCCUUCCCGGAGACCGUCCCCCACGCGCUGGUGGAGCAGGCGCGCGGCGUCUGCGUGGAGAACGCCGUGACGCCGCCCGGCGAGCUGGCCCAGCCUCCCAGCAUGCUCUGCGGCGAGGACGGCCAGUGGGUCGGGCCGCCCACCUCCAGCUGCGCCUGCCGCCCCGGGUACGAGGCCGGAGACGGCGACCUGCGCUGCCGAGCCUGUCCAUCAGGACACUUCAAGGUGGAACCAGGAAGUGGAGGCUGCACUUCCUGUCCAGGUAACAGCAACACCAGGAUCCCAGGCUCCGCCUACUGCCCCUGUCUCCAUGGUUACGAUCGGGCCGACUCCGACCCGCCGCACGCAGCCUGCACGCCCCUGCCGCCUCCUGCUCAGGGAUUGGUCGGCUCCUGCUCGCCCUGUGAUGACAGCGUCCUGUUCCGGCCCUCCCAGGCGGGCCUGACCCGACCCCGGGUCACCGUGUGGGGGCUCCGCCCACARACCAGGUACACGUUCACCAUCCAGUCGGUGAACGGCGUGUCUGCCGUCGGCCAAUCAGAGCCGGCCUCCGUCAGCAUCAACGUCACCAGCAGCAGAGACGCCCCGCCCCCGGUGUCCGGCCUGAGGAGGGCGGCGGCGUCCGAGUCCAGCCUGUCCCUGAGCUGGACGGCUCCGGUUCUGCAGAACCAGCCGCCGGUCCUGGAGUACCAGCUGCGGUUCCGGCCGCUCGCCGACCRCCAGGCCCCCUGGGAGUACCGGUCCAGCCCGUCCUGCUCCCUGGUUCUGACCGGCCUGCGCCGGGCCACCCGGUACCAGGUGCAGGUCCGUGCCCAGACCCAGGCGGGUUUCGGGUCGUUCAGCGGCGCCGGCAGCUUCAGCACUCUGCCCGACGGUCCGGCCCAGUCCCAGCUGGUSCUCACCGCCGUCCUCGUCACCGUGGCAACGCUGCUGCUGGUCGCCGCGGCGACGGCCGGAUUCAUCUGCUACCGAAAGCGGCGUCGGCGGCGCCCGUCCCGGGCCGAUAAGGCGGGUCACUACCAGAUGGGACAGGCGAUGAAGGUGUACAUCGACCCGUUUACCUACGAGGAUCCCAACGAGGCGGUCAGAGAGUUCGCCAAGGAGAUCGACGCGUCCUUCGUGAAGAUCGAGGAAGUGAUCGGCGCCGGUAAGGAACCACUGGACCCAACAGAACCACUGGACCCAACAGAACCAGUGGACCCAGUAGAACCUCUGGACCCAGCAGAACCUCUGGACCCAGCAGAACCUCUGGACCCAGCAGAACCACUGGACCCAGUAGAACCACUGGACCCAACAGAACCUCUGGACCCAGCAGAACCACUGGACCCAGUAGAACCACUGGACCCAGCAGAACCUCUGGACCCAACAGAACCACUGGACCCAACAGAACCAGUGGACCCAGUAGAACCACUGGACCCAACAGAACCUCUGGACCCAGCAGAACCUCUGGACCCAGUAGAACCACUGGACCMAACAGAACCAGUGGACCCAGUAGAACCUCUGGACCCAGCAGAACCUCUGGACCCAGCAGAACCACUGGACCCAGUAGAACCACUGGACCAAACAGAACCAGUGGACCCAAUCCGGAACCCCGCCUCCCUGAAGGCCACGCCCCCAGAGCUGCCCAGUCCGUCCCAGCCCCUGUUGGACCAGCGCGUCCCUCCGCCGCCGUCGGCCUGCGGUUCCGUGUCCGAGUGGCUCCGGGCCAUCAAGAUGGAGCGGUACCAGCAGAACUUUGUCCAGGCCGGGCUGACCAGCCUGGACGUGGUGUCGCAGCUCAACACAGACGACCUGCUCCGAGUGGGCGUCACCCUCGCCGGCCACCAGAAGAAGAUCCUCUCCUCCAUCCAGACGCUCAGGAGUCACAAGGCCACGCCCACUCUGCUCUACUGACCAAUCACAGCGCGGCGGCGCCGACUGGACCUGGAGCCCAAAGUUCUGACCCGAUACAAACCGUCCAGACAUCCCAGCGGCGCCGCUAGACUCCGCCCUCCUGCCUGUUCCAGCCAAUCACAAACCUUCUGUUGCCUUAUUGAUCAACUCUCAGGACUAUUGCCAGCCAAUCAGCUCCUCAGGAAAACCGGGAUCGACCAAUCAGCAGCCAGCAGARCCAUGAUGGAGAAUAUCAGCUUCUCUGAUUGGACGCUGAGAGGAUCUCUCCUUCCAAUAAGGAACCUCAGAGCUUAAGCCCCGCCCUCUGCCUGGGAGAAGGGUCCUGAUUAGUUCUGAGGUGGACAGGAACUUUGGACCCGGAGAGUAAAAUCCAGAACCGCUUCAGAACCAGACAGU